AACUAUUAUGUAGUAUGAAGUGUAUGAUUUUUUCUUUGUAAGUUAUGCUCGAUCUGGAUUGUGCUAUUAAAGGGCUUCCCUAGUUGUGUGUGAAAUGAACUUGAAAGAUGAACAGUCUGUAUAUCUUGAUGAAGUUGAGUUCAAAGAUGCUAAUAAAAUGGAGGCUGAACCUGUAAAUGUGAGUGAGUUUCAAGAACUCGUAAAGUUAGCCCUUCCAAAGAUGUACUAUGACUUUUAUGCUGGAGGAGCAGAAGACCAGCAUACACUAGAAGAAAAUGUGAAGGCAUUUCAAAGGAUUUUAAUCCGUCCAAGAGUUCUCAUAGAUGUAAGCAGAACAGAUACAUCGACAACUAUUAUGGGUUACAAAACCUCGGCUCCAAUCAUGAUUGCUCCAACAGCCAUGCAUAAGUUAGCACAUCCUGAAGGGGAAGUUGCAACAGCCAGAGCUUCAGCCACUGCCAAUGUUAUUAUGGUGUUGUCCUUCAGUUCAACAUGCACGAUCGAGGAAGUUGCUUCUAGCUGCAAUGCAGUUCGUUUCUUCCAAUUAUAUGUGUACAAGAGGCGGGAAAUAUCAGCUUUCAUGGUGCAAAGAGCUGAAAGAAAUGGAUUCAAGGCUAUAAUUCUUACUGUUGAUACUCCUAGACUUGGGCGAAGGGAGGCAGACAUUAAGAAUAAGAUGGUUGCACCUCAAUUGAAGAAUUUUGAAGGGCUCAUUUCCACAGAAGUGAAUACUGAUAAGGGUUCAAAUCUUGAAGCAUUUGCCUCAGGUGUCCUUAAUGCUUCAUUGUGUUGGAAGGACAUAGGAUGGUUGAAAUCCAUUACAAGUUUGCCUGUACUCAUUAAGGGGGUUCUCACCCGAGAAGAUGCAUUAAGAGCCUUGGAAGUAGGUGUUGCAGGAAUUAUUGUUUCUAAUCACGGAGCACGUCAGCUAGACUACAGUCCGGCCACUAUCAAUGUUCUAGAAGAGGUGGUUGUUGCUGUACAAGGGAAAAUUCCAGUUCUUUUUGAUGGAGGAGUGAGACGGGGAACUGAUAUAUUCAAGGCCUUAGCUCUUGGUGCACAUGCUGUGAUGAUUGGGAGACCAGUUAUCUAUGGUUUGGCUGCAAAGGGAGAGCACGGGGUGAGCCAAGUGAUCAAUAUGCUGAAGGAUGAGCUUGAGCUCACCAUGGCCCUAUCAGGAUGCUGCACUGUGAAGGAUAUAUCUAGAAGCCACUUGAGCACCGAGAUUGAUAGACUCCACUGCAGACUGUAGUUCUUCUAUGUUGUGUUCGCCGUUUGUCGUUUUCCCUGUGCAUCCAUAUAUUGUUACUUAUUGGAACAAUAACUAUAGUCAACUAAAGUAUUAGCUUAAGUGUACUACGUGUGACUGAUCUGAGAUACUGUAUUGUAUUCCUUUCACAUUUACAUUAGGAAUUGCAUCGUUCUUUUU